ACUGUUCACAAAACAAGCAAAAACCUCUCCUGUAGCCGAAGUUGAAGCAAAGUCUUAAGAAGCUUAACCUUUUUUAGGGGCUGUUGAACUUUGAUUUACACUAAAUGGUGCCGAGCUUUACGCCUUCUAUGGCCGUAACUGUAGAUAAGUAUAAUGUUAUCAAAUGAAGCGCAUUCAAAUUUCGCGCUGUUUGAUCCGCCUUUAAAGAGAGACCAGUCUGUUAGCUAGCCAUGUUUGUCACCGUAAAAAUGAGCAUAAAUUAAGGUAAAGAGGAAAUUCUGUUUUGUAUAUUUAUGCUGUGAGACCAGACAGACGUCUUUAAAAUGGAGGUGACGGAUAUCGGAAACAAAGAAGAGGGGAAAGUCUGGCAUCGAAAACCAACACCAGGAAAAGGAGUGUUGGUGACGGUGGUCCGCACUGCUCAGCAGGCCAAGAUAGUGCGUUUUCUCCAUGUGACUUUUGACACCACAGGGGACUCCUUCCUGGCUGGAGAUCACCAUGGCAACAUCUACGUCUUUGACAUCAGUAGAAACAGAUUCCGUCUGGUGCAGAAGACGGGGCAAGCCUGCACUGCUCUGGCCUUCAGCCUCCGCAGGACCACAGAGUUCCUGGUGGCCUUGGCUGACUACACCAUCAAGUGCUUUGACAAAGACACAAAGCAGCUGGUCAGUUGGAUGCGGGGUCACGAGGGAUCAGUUUCUUCGAUCUCUGUCCACAGCUCCGGUCGCUACGCCAUCAGCACGUCUUCAGACACGGCUCAGCUCUGGGACAUGGACACCUUCGAGAGGAAAAGGAAGCUCAACAUCCGACAGUCUGUUGGUAUUCAGAGGGUGUUUUUCCUUCCUCUCAGUAACACCAUCCUCAGCUGCUUCAGCGAUGACUCCAUCUUUGCUUGGGAGAGCGACACGCUGUCCUGCAAAUACCAGCUCCCUGUCCCCGACUGUGGACCCAAAGUCUCCUACAAGGCCUUCGCUGUCACACGUGAUGGUAAGAGCCUUGCUGCUGGGGGGCGUUCCAACCUGCUGCACCUGUGGUGUCUGGACAGCAAACAGCUGAUCAGGGUGAUUCAGAUGCCCACGCAGGUCCGAACCGUCAGACAGCUGGAUUUCCUGCCGGACAGCUUUGACGGAGGAGCCAGCCAGACGCUAGGUGUAUUGAGCCAGGACGGUGUGAUGCGUUUUAUCAACAUCCACACCUGCAAGCUGCUGUUCCACAUGGGUUCCCACGACGACGCCAUCACCACAGCGACGGUCAGCCCCAACGGCAGACACGUGGUGGCCAUCAUGGAUAAUGGCAGCAUCAAUGUCUACAGUGUUCAGAGUCUCACUCAGGAAUUAAACAAGCCUCCUCCCUCCAAGGUGGCAGUGGUCUCUGGUGGUGGAGCUGAUCAGGACUUGUCUAACUUAAAGGUCAAGGUCAGGUCAGAGGUCGUUCAGAGAGGCAGGCAGACACAGGUGAAGAUACUGAGACCCCCUGCUUGCUUUACAGCUGAGGAGAAAGAGAAUGAACUGCCUGCUGGUCUGAAUAAGAAGAGAUUGGUCGCUCUGCUCAAAGGGUUUGGAGAGUAUCCGGCUAAAUACAGGAUGUUCGUGUGGCGGUCUCUGUUGUGUCUCCCAGAGAACCAUGCGGCGUACAGCAGUCUGACUGACAAAGGCCUGCACUCAGCCUACCUCACUCUGCAGGAUAAAUACCCCAUCAAAAGUCACAAAUUACAGAGGGGCCUGCAGAGGGUUCUGUCUGCCUUAGCUCACUGGGCAGCCAUCUUUGGAGAGGUGGAGUACCUCCCCCUGGUAGCCUUCCCUUUCGUCAAACUCUUCCAGAACAACCCCAUGCUCUGUUUUGAGGUGGUGGCCACUGUCAUAGUGAAUUGGGGUCAGCACUGGUUCGAAUACUUUCCCAACCCCCCUCUGAACAUCCUGAGCAUGGCGGAGAACGUUCUGGCUCAUCAUGACAAGGAGCUGCUGCAGCACCUGGUGGACUGUGGCAUCACCUCACAGCUCUACGUGUGGCCGCUGCUGGAGACCUUGUUCUCAGAAGUUCUUACUCGUGAGGAGUGGCUCAGGCUCUUCGACAACAUCUUCUCCAAUCAUCCAUCCUUCCUGCUCCUGGCCUGUGUGGCCUACAUCACCUGCUGCCGGGAGCCUCUGCUGCUCUGCUCCCAGAAAGAGGACUUUGAGUAUUUCUUCCACCAUCGUAACAACCUGGAUCUGGGAGCCAUGAUAAAGGAGGCUUACCGGCUCAUGGGCAGCACACCGGCUGACAUCCAUCCCAGGACUUUGCUCUCUGACUUUACCCCACUGACCAAAGGCCAGUACCCCGUGUUCAACCACUACCCAGAAUUCAUAGUGCAAUACCAGAGCCGGGAGAGGGAGAAGAUACGACUGCAAGAGAUGGAGUAUCUCCGCGAGAGGCAGGAGGUGUCAGCACUGCACACAGAUUUUGUGCGUCGCCAGGCUGAAGAGGAGACCUAUUAUGCACAACAGGAGCUGUUGCAGAAUGCAGAGGAACAGCGCAGGAACAUCCUGGCACAAGAAGAGGAAAAACUAACUCAGCAGAGGACAAAGUUGGCAGCCAUGAAAAGAGAGCUGAAGGUGAAGGAGCUACAGCUGCUGGAUGCGACCAAAAGACGUUUCCUCAAACACCAACAGGACCUCAGAGCCUCGCAGGUUAAAAGGCUGGACCAGGAGAUCAGUAAAAAGAUGGAUCUCCGGGAGCGAGAAACGGCUACAGCAGUCCAGGAUCUGGAAGUCCGACAGAUGGAGCUGGAGGCCCAGCGGAAACGACUUGAACAGCACCUGUUUAAGGAGCAGGAGCGCGUGGGACGGGAGGUUGAGGAGGAGGUGGAGAUGAAGAUGAGGAAGGCAGAAAGAGAGGAGGAGAACUACACAGAGCUGUUACACCACACAGAGACCAACAUGCAGGCGCUGGAGGAGUCCCUGGCGGAGGCGUGCCAGCUGGGCCUGGAGUCGGACUGGCAGAGGGAGGUGGGGGGGCGCCUGCAGCAGGUCCACGCCCAGCAGCAGAGCAACAGGGGGAGACUGGCAGAGAGUCACAGGCAGACCCUGGCAGAGGAGGAGAGGCUGGAGGACACCAUGAGGGAUGUUGCCGGGAGGAAGUGGGAUGAGGUAAUGAAUUCCAGAGCUCAGUUACAGGAGCAGCCUCUGUCCUCAGCUGAAACGGACGUCCGAAGACAGAUGAGGGUAGUUUCGCCUCCUCAUCGACCCAUACCCGCCCCUUCUGUCAGUGCUGGACCCAGCGCUGCAGGUCCAGACGUCAGGCCCGGCCCUGCCCCCCCCCUGAAGCAGUCACAAACCAACAUGGUGUGUCUGAACAGCCGAUCGCCUUCAGAGAGCACCUCCACCGUCUUUUCCUUGGACAGAGGUCGGGCCCACCUGGACAGCAGCGAGAGAAAUCUGAUGAAGGAAAUCAGAGAGCUGAGACAGAAGCUGGCUGCCAGAGCCAGAGAGGGCGGCUCCUCCCCCUCUGUCCUCACUCUGUCCUCCGUCUCCCAGUGACAGACUCAUCUCUGAAACAUAUUCCUAUCUCAGACUACAGAAACAGACUGAGGAGCAUCCCGACUGCUGACUGUCAUAGUGUUCCUAAAGCAUCCUCUAAAAACCACUUUGGAAAAAGGAUUUUCAUUCUGUGUGCAUUCAGUCCUCUGACUGGUUCCCUGGCUCCAUCAUCUGCUGAGUUCUCUGGUCAAAUCCCCACGAGCAGCUACAGUACCAUUCAUUUUCAACUCGGUUCUAUCUGUGGCCCUGGCCAAACAAAAGCCAGAAGCUGUAUUAUCCUCACUGUCUGUAGCCGCUGCACAUUACCCUGUGUCACAAAGUGAUGCAACACACAAUACUUAUACUUUGUAUAACUGUAUGAUAGACAUCUGUUAGUUUGUUUACAGAGCAGUGGAACAUCUUUGUAACUAUUUUACCUCCAAAUGUGUUAUUGUAUCAUUCCAAUGUAAUGUUCAUUUGUACACUUUAUAUUCAUAGUUGUAGAUUAUUUAAGUAUUCUUGCUGGUGCCCCAUUUAGAAUUUUUAUUUCAAUGCAUUUUCUGACAUUUUUCUUAUUUAUAUUCUGGUUUGGAUCAAAUGUUUUUUAAAAUCCUAAUUCCACCUUCUCUUUCAUUUUGCUUUUAAAUAAUUUAUAGAAAGUAGGGGUUGGGGGGGGGAAAAGAUCUUGGUAGAAGUAAGAUUUGCUUCUUCUAGGAUUCUCAGUUUAUCAACUUCCAAAAAUGUUAAUGCUACUGAUGGACGGUAUUUUGAACACACCAAUGAAAGACGUGUUGAUCAUUAUUGUGUUGCGUUACUUGUAAAAAGUUCACAAAAAAAUACCAGUUUUUACGUUAGUCUGUGUAAAAUGCAUUUCUGAAAUGGCUAGUUUCUAAAAGCAGCUAGCAUUAUCUUUCCAAAUGUUUCCAAAUAACAGGUUAUUUUUACAUAAAUUGAACUUGGUCUUGAAGUCACAGAAUUGACAAAUGCUAAAAGGUUAUUAUUAAAAAGAGAUUUGUGCAGUAGCAUGGACCAAUGUUUUUACUGUGUGUUUACACAAAUACCAUCAGCUGAUAUAACUUUAUUUAUUUAACCAAAUAUAACCAACUGGGAUAAAAAAAUGUACAACCGCAAUCUUGCCAAGAAGCCAACAAAGUCAUUCGUCUUGUUCCUGCAAAUUACGUACUUGCGUACAAUAAAAUGCAAAAGGUAUGACGUUAAAACAAAUGUGCACGCAUCAAUAAAGAUUUGUAAGUGCGUCAUACAAACAGACAACAGACAUGACAGGUUGUAAUGUGUUGUAGCUUGUGAGUCCAUCCUGCAGGUCAUGCAAAGACUUGCAAAGAAGGGAAUUCAGAGAUUCCUCUACGUACUUGAGUAACUAGCCUAGAAUAGCCUUGUACAUGAAAUACACCAGUGCUGCAUCCCGCUCAUAUCAAGAGAGAACUGCCACAUCGCAUUUAUCAAUCACAAAGCUGAUUGGAGAUCCUAACAAAAAAAGCACCUCUAAAUACUGAAUCUGGAUUAUUUUUUAAUCCAUUAGUGAAAUACCCAAACAUUUACACCUCUAACAGAUAGUGUAUUAAAGAGACAACAUGCAAAAUGCUAAUCCAGUUCCUACUUUAGACAUCACUAUAAAUGAGGGAUGUUUGUUUAGUGUUCAUGGUCUAUGUGCUUUUGACAAUCAAAAUCAAUCUGUCUCUUCACAAACCAGCUGCAGAUCAGGUUGGACUGUGCUCCGACCAGCAGAGUGUUCUCACUGUCAAACAGCUGAGAGCCCGAGUGUGUCUCUCCUCCCUGGGUGUGUCUGGAACUCUUUGUCUUUUCUUAUACCCCCAUAAACAUCAGGUGCUGUUUGACAUGAGCCGUAAUGACAGCCAUCCCCAUUCCUGUCACUCAGCCCUUUCUCUCCCUGCACCCAUCAUGUAUCAGCCCUCACCUGCUCUAAUCGCUCUCAGGCCCUUGAAGCAAAAAUAGUUCAACAAAGUUCUUCAUUUAUGUUAAUGUUUAACCAGAAAUGCACACAUGGUGCCUUGUAGGAAAAAGCAGAAAUGUCAUAUUUCACAAAUAAACGUACCUAUGGAUA